AUGAUGAAAGUUAAAAUUUUACAAGUCGGAACUCUUUCUUGCCAAUUAUUUAAAAGGAGGAACUCCACUUUACAAAUUUUAACUAAAUACGGUAUUGAUGUCACGACUGAAGACUGUAGGCGUGAUUUAGAUGAUCCUAUCUUGAACCAUUUGAAAAAGCGUGGCCUAUUAUCUCAAUGUACUCAUGAACCUGAACUCUCACAACUUUGCUCUAAGCGAAGGCUCAGUCUCUACUGUGGAGCUGAUCCUUCUGCCAGAUCGCUUCAUAUUGGAAAUCUUCUACCUUUGAUGGUCCUCCUGCAUUUUAAUUUGAGGGGUCAUAAUAUAUUCCCCCUUGUGGGAGGUGCUACUGGUAAAGUGGGUGAUCCAUCAGGCAGAGAAACCGAGCGAACUGAAAUACAGCAUGAAGAAAGAGAAUCCAAUGUUGAGAAUAUUCGAAAACAAAUGAAGUCUUUUUUCAGGAGAGGAGUAACUUUUGCUCAUCGGAGAAAUCAACUUUUCAAAGACGUUGAACCGGGAACCCAGAUGCUGAAAAAUAAUAUUGAAUGGUGGGAAAAUAUUAGAAUACUUGAUUUCCUCUCUACUUAUGGAAAGUUUAUUAAAGUCAAUCAAAUGCUCGCAAGAGAGUCUAUUAAAAAAAGGCUAAACUCUGGAAUGGGAAUUGGAUUCAAUGAAUUCACCUACCAAAUUUUACAAGCUUUUGAUUUUUUCGUUUUAUACAAAAAUCACAACGUUCAAAUCCAGGUCGGUGGAAAUGAUCAAUAUGGAAACAUAGUUGCAGGAAUUGAUUUUAUUAGCAGAUUGCAUAGAAAUAAAGCUGAUAAUGCCGUUCAUGCCCCUGGAGCUUUUGGCAUAACAGUUCCUUUGUUGACAACUUCAACCGGAGAAAAAUUUGGUAAGUCAGCUGGAAAUGCAGUUUUCAUUGAUAAAUAUAUGACCCCAUCCUAUCAACUUUAUCAGUAUAUGAUCAAUUUAUCAGACGGUGAUGUUGAACGUUUUCUCAACAAAUUCUCUUUACUUCCUUUGAGUGUAAUUGACAAGAUAGUCUUAAAGCACAAGCAAAACAAGAAACAAAGGAUUGGGCAAAAAAUUUUGGCUGUCGAACUAUGCGACUUGAUUCAUGGGCAAGGAGAAGGAAUCAGCAACCUUAUAAUAUCGGAAACAUUGUUUGGUGGUUUUCUUAACUUUAACACCCUUGAGAUUUUGGAAGCCUUCAGAAAACAAGGCUUGCUGAAAACUUACAAAGCUUGUAUGAUUGAAAAUUUGUCCAUUCUAAACGUAUUGGAAGAUAUUUACCGCCAACAAAAAUCAAGAACAGAGUUAAAAAAGCUGAUCAAAGGUGGUAGUGUCAGUUUGGGAGUAAAAAAUACCAGAAUUUUUGAUUCAGAUCUAAGGAUUAAACCUGAUGAUGCUCUGGAUGGGAAAUUGAUACUUAUAAGGGUUGGGAAAAAGGACUAUCACGUCAUAGAAGUCACAUCAGAAUGA